AGAUGCCUUGGCUGUGAUCUCUUGUGACCUGUGUGAUCAAAUCAGCAUGACUGUACACUUCAGUAUGUUGUACAUUACAUUAAAUAUUGGGAAUAUUGUGCCAGAGAGAAAAACAUCGAUGAACCCCUUCUUGUAAUGUCUAAAGGUUGGAGACACUCGGGCCAUUUAGGACACUAAAGGCCAAUACGACUCACAAACAGGAACAAAUUCCCAGGAAGUUUUGUAUUAGCACAGUAGAACACCAGAAUAAAUGGAGGACAACAGAAAAGCACAGAAAUCUGACAGUAAUUGGUGGCAUUUGCUGGCUUAUUUGUGUGGCUCCGCCCUGCAGCACCUGGUGCUGAUUUAAAGGUCUUUCAAACUACGAGGCCUACUAUGUGGCAAAGUCAGCAUGACAACACACAUUGAAACGCUACUUCAAAGUCCUUUGGAAUCAAGGGGCUUGUCUUUUCCCCCAUGGCCCAACCCUGAACUACCUCAAGACAUGAAGAUUAGGCUGCCGCUUCCCCCUGGUAGCCCAGAGCCUUGGCUUCUCCCAGGCUGCAGCUCGGUAUAUGACAGCCUGGUCAGCUCUAGGACGCCUCAGUCACCUAUGAGCGGCGAUCAGAACUCUUCUACCGUGAACAAAGCUCGCAGGUCCUCUAUUCUUGAGAGGUGCAUCCUGAAGAUUUCUACAGCUAAUGUUGCCGUUGGGACGGAGGAUCUUGAUGAGCUCAAGAGCUCCCCGACAAGGCUUCGAUGGCGUUCUCACAAUGUGGACCCAUCGUUUUUUGAGACAAACGAGUCCGUGUUAAAGCGAAGACAAAAGCAGAUUCAGUAUGGAAAGAACACUUGUGGUUACCAGAACUAUGUGAAGCAAGUGCCAAAGCGUUUCCGUAUCCCUGGGUUUCACCCGUCCACUCCCAACAAAUAUCGCAAAUAUAGCCGAAGAUCUUGGGACAUGCAAGUCCGACUUUGGCGGAGAGCUCUGCAUGCGUGGGAUCCACCUUUGACCACUCAAGAAAAUGAAGGAAAUGAUCCAAUUGACCAACUGCAGGGUUUGCUUGAGCAAAUGAACACUGACCUUGGCGACGAAGGAAAAGGAGAAAAGACAAGGUUGUCUGAAACCUCUGACCUCAACAUUUCUGUACUUGCUCAACCCACUGAGAGCUCAACCAACGGAUUCUUGAAACCUCUCCUAUCUCAACCUGAAUUAAUGAGCCAGCAAGGCCCAUCUUCUGGACUGGGCUAUACCUUUAACAGUUGCCUAACUGCUGAGGAGAAUGUUUUGGGAUGGCUGAGGUUUCUCCUGGAGACUGACCACACGUGCAGUGCAACUGCCUUGCAGAGUGAACAGCCACUCUGGAGAUUUUACUGACUUACCAUGAUUUCUACAGACCAUGUGUGAAACCAUGUUUUCCAGGGGAAAUAAGUGUACCUUUUUUGUCUCGUAUCUCAAGCUGUUGCAUGCACAGAGCACGUUAGUGGUUGUUAAGCAUCCAAGGGCAUCUUCAUAACAUGGCUUCAUUGUUAACCACCACAGCAUGUUUUCACUUCUCUGUUGAUUGAAGUUCUCAUUUGUUUCUGUUCACGUGUUGUAUUUUCACUUUCAUAGCCUCUCGUCUCACUUACAAUGCUGCCCCUAAAAGCACGCACUUUGGCUGUUCUGUUUCUUUCCACGCAGUCCUUUUUUUGGGUUUCCUUUUUUGUCUUUAUUGACUUGGUAAUUCUUACAAUUCUUUUGUACCUUGCAUAUUUUUGUACAACUUUAAAGUAGUGGAAAACAAACCUAAUAAAGAUGUUACAUGUUUGACCUUGGCAUUAAUGAACAUAUCCAUGAGUACCUUACCUAACUCUGACAAAUUUUUAACCUGUGCUGUAACUGCAGGUAUUUUUGUACAUGGUUAAUGUUCCACUUGACCAAACCUGUAUCUUGACUUCAUUUAUACAAUCAUGGGAAAUGGGGUUCUUGAGGGUUCUUUGGAGAAUUAAAGCCUCUUAACGUCAUGAUUGUAAGCUUUAUUUGGCCCCAUCACCAUGGGGUCAACACUACUGAACCUUUGUUAGUUUCAAUCCUUAAGGACUGUGAUUGUAGAUUUUCUUUUUCACUGCAAAUGUAUUUAAUGUGAGUUUUAUUGCUUUGGGGAUU